AUGAAGUUCACUGGAAUCAUCGCUUCCCUGGCUGUUGCCAGCUCUGCCUCCGCUCUGGUCAUCCCCCAGGCCCCUGUUGAUGCCACCCUCAACAAGCUGAACAGUGCUCUCGACAAUGUUGAGGGUCUCGUCGGUGGUCUCCUCAACGGCGUUUGCCAGGAGGUCGACCUCACCCAGGUCCAGACCGAACUCACCGACAUCAAGGGCCAGCUGACCAAGCUCGUCCCUGUCUCUGUUGCCACCAAGCGUGACAUCAUGGGCACUGUUAAUGGUGUUGCUACGCCCGCCACCAACGUCGCUGGUAGCGCAGUCGGCACUGUUGAGGGUGUUGCUAAGCCCGUCACCAAUGUCGCUGACAGCGCAGUCGGCACUGUUGAAAACACCGCUGGUGCCGCCGUUGGCACCGUUAAGAACACUGCCUCUGGUGCCGUCGACACUGUUACCGGCACUGUCGGUGUCAAGCGCCAGGAGGUUGGCCAGCUCACCACCCUUGCGCAGAACCUGGUCAGCAAGAUUCAGAGCGGUGCCCUCGACGCUGCCGGCCUUGAGAACGUCCUCAACAUUCUCGGCCAGACUGGCGGUCUCUCUGCUGUCACCACCAUCCUCAACCUCAUCCAGUAA